ACAUCUGCUACUCCGGUGCCAAGCGGCGUGUCGGUUGCCAUGGUAACGCUUACUCCGAUGUCAACAAUCUGUUGAUCUCGAAGUCGGUGCAAUUCUGUAGUUGUAUUCGUCAUAAACCAUAAUACAUAAAGAUGCCACCAAAGAAAAAAGGUGACAAAGGUAAAGGGAAAGGUGGUAAGAAAGCUGGAAGUGGGAGAGCUCAAGCAUUGAUUGAUGGCAUUCCAAUCAGCUCUAUGAGCAAGGAGCAGUUGGAAGGCCAUGUGAUCAGGCUUCGAAAUGAGCUCGAAAGAGAGAGAGAAGAACGUAACUAUGUACAAACAGAACUGGAGCGUGUCCAGAGACUUUGGCAAGUUGCUGCUGAAAGUCUGGAAAAUCUUCGCUCAGAAUUGAGGCACAAAGAUGUAGAAAUUGCAGAUGCAGAAGAGAAACACCAACAAGAAAUAAAUGUGUAUCAGCAGAAGAUGAAACACCUUAUGUUCACUCAUGAAAAUACGCUUACACAGUUACAGGUUGAAAGUGAGCAGGCAUUACUGAAUCUACAUCAAGACUCUGUAACAGAGGAGAACCGUAUUGCACAGGAAAGAGAAGAUCUGAGAACUCAGUUGAGGGAAACUGAAAACAACUACUUAGCAAUCAUAGCUAAUAUGAAAGUGGAAAAUAGCAAAGCCCUAGAUGCUCUACGCUGUGAAUUUGAAUCUGAGGCUGCUGCGAUGGAAGCUAAAUCAGUGAAGAGACUUAAAGCCCUUCAAAACCAGCUUGAACUGAAGAGAAAAACGGAACUUGUUGCUCAAGAAGAGAAGAAGAACAAGUUUUUGUCUACCAUUAUGGCUAAUAAUGAAAAGACAUUCACAGAAAUGAAGAAAUAUUAUUCAGAUAUAACAGCUACUAAUUUAAAACUCAUCACAGAGCUCAAGGCUGAAUUAGCAGAACAAAAGGAAAAAGAACAUAAAUUAGAACAAGAAAUGGGAGCUGCCAUUACUAGUCGUUCUCGUCUAGAAAAUGAAGUUGGGUCUCUUCGUAAGAAAUUAGCAGACACUCAGCGUUCAGUUCAGCGUUCCCAGAGGGAUAAAGAAAGCUAUCUUACUAGCCAAGCUCAAGUAAAAGUCCUUAAAAGUGAGAAGGACGCUCUUCAGUGGGAGUUAGAGGUUUUACGACAGAAAGCUGAGGCAAUUGAGCAAGAGAGGAAAGAGUUAUAUGAUCAUUUUGUUGGAGUAGUUGGAGAAGUACAACAGCGAAGUGAAUUACGUAACGUUGUCUUGGAGAAAAGGCUUAAUCAGGUGUCUGAGCAUCUGGAAAAGAAAGAAGCAGUUCUCUCUGAAGUUUUGUCAGCGGCCAACUUAGAUCCAGCUUCAUUUAGCCAUGUCAGCCAUCAGUUAGAGACAAUAGUUGACGAAAAGAACAAACUCAUAGCAGGACUUCGUGAAGAAGUUGCAACACUACGACGCAUGUAUACAGACCUUAUGGAUAAGUACCAGACAUCCUUUGAGACCAAGAAAAAGACUGGACCAAAGUUACCUCAUAUAUCCAUAUAGGAUAGUUACCUCAGCUGCAGAAGAUCCUGUUGAGAUUUCCUUGCAGGACCUUUUUAUAUAUGUAAUGUUAUUGAUCAUGCGAAAUGCAAGUGUGUUUUCUUUUGAUGGA